AUGGAAGAGGAUGAAAACAUGAACGACACAUAUUGGAAGCAUAAUCUUUAUCUUCUGCAAGAAAAAGCACCUAAACCAAAAGUAGUACCCUGUUCAAGGAGGAUAAUAAACAGACCCGCUCAUUAUGGAAUAGAAUACCAUGGGCUAAUAGAAAGGACGGAGGCUGAAGAGGUAAAUUUCUUUAUUUGACUUUAAAAUGGAUGUUUUACGGUUUUAGACAUAUGCGCUUUAAUCGUGCUAUUUCAUACCUAAAAUCUUUCAGAAACUCCGUGAGAACGGCGAAGGGGCGUUCCUCGUGCGGGCAUCAAAAAGAUCUCCUGAUGCUAACACACUGUGCAUGCUUUUCGAUGGGAACGUUAUGAAUUACAAGUUAUACUACGAUGGAUGUCACUUUGUGGCUGAAAAAAGGUAGCCGCAAAAAAUGUUUUCUGAUGUUUUAGGUUUGAUGAAUUAAGUCUCUUGGUGGCUGAUGGGCUUAUUUCUAUGUACAUAGAUAAAUAUGCGUCGGAGUAUAUCCGUAAGAUGGCCGACGAAGCCGUUUACGAACAAAGUCCAUAUUCCCAGUACACCAAGUUCAACGAGAAUCAAUCUCGAUCUGUGGCUUCUCCAGUUCCACGACAGCCCCACGAUUUCAUAUCUUUUACUUUCAAGAUGCCCCAUUACUGUGAUUACUGCAGGAAUUUCCUUUGGGGCUUAGUUCAACAGGUGAGGUAAUAUAUUUUUCUCGUGAUCCACUUUUAGGGUGUUCGGUGUAAUAAUUGUGGGUUCGCUGCCCAUCGGAAAUGCAGCGACAGAGCACUGGAUGAUUGUCGCCCAGAUUGUAAAUACGUGAAAAGGAUGUUUGCUGUAGAUCUAACGACUUUAUGUAUGGCCCAUGGCGUCUCCGUCCCUCCAGUUAUAACGCAAUGUAUAAAUGAAGUUGAAAAGAGAGGUCUAAAUGUGGAAGGGAUCUAUCGUGUCAGUGGAUCACAUGAUCAAAUGGAGAAACUGAGACGUCAGUUUGAUCUCGGAACGGCGGUUGACUUAAAUGCAAUUGACGAUAUUCAUACUGUGGCAGGACUGCUUAAAUUAUACCUCAGGUUGUUGCCUCAGCAAUUGGUGCCAUUUACAGUGUUUAGUAGUCUUCUUAAUGCGUUCAAUUCAACCCGAAGUACAAGAGAGCGAACCCUCCGCUGUCGGUACGCGCAUUUUACUUCUUUUUGUUAUUAUAGCUUUAAUUAAUAAGCAUUAUUUUAUAUUCAGACAAGCCCUCGAGGCCCUCACUAGUGUCAACUUGCGGACCUUGAGUGAGAUCUUAGGCCAUCUCCGUGUGGUCGCCUCGUAUGCCGAGUCGAACAAGAUGUCAGAAGAGAAUCUGGCGACGAUAUUUUCGCCGACCAUCUUUUGCACAGGGACGGUUCCUUCUUUGCCUCAACAGCAACAUGUUCUUCUUCAUUUCUUGAUUGUUACGCCUAAAGUUACUGAUGCCAAUUAA